UUCAGAGCUCCAUCUGUCUGUCUGUCUCUCUCUAUCUAGCACGAUGGAGACCUAACCCAAUUCCGAGCCAAUCGAUCUCUCUAACCCUAAUCGAUUGACCCCCAAAUCCUGAUUCCGAUCCAUCCCUCGUUUUCAAUUUCCAUCUUCUAUAUCUGCACUAAUAGAUACGUUUGGUGCUUGGUUUUCUAGGGUUUGAUCGUUUGAAUUUUGGGGUUUACAAGAUGGACGGGAACAAAGACGAGGCGCUGAGAUGCUUGAAAAUCGGCCGCGAUGCGCUCGAUGCUGGCGAUCGAACCCGGGCUUCGAAAUUCAUCGCCAAAGCUCGCCGCCUAGAUCCGUCGCUGGCCGUCGACGAUCUGCUCUCGAAGAUUGAUGGUCAAGCCGGUGACGGAUCGACAAACGGCCCGUCAUCAUCGUCGGCUUCAUCCAAAGCAUCCGAGAACAAUGAUGAGAGCAACUCAGGCCCUCGGCGGAGGGUUCCGGCAUCUGGAUCGUCGCCCUCGAACGCGUCGGUGACUUAUACGGAGGAGCAGGUCUCAAUUGUGAGGGAAAUAAAGAGGAAGAAGGAUUACUACGAGAUAUUGGGGUUGGAGAAGGAUUGCAGUGUCGAGGAUGUUCGAAAGGCUUAUCGGAAGCUCUCUUUGAAAGUUCAUCCUGAUAAGAAUAAUGCUCCCGGGGCCGAGGAGGCCUUCAAGUUGGUUUCCAAGGCUUUUCAGUGUUUGAGUAUUGAGGAGAGUCGGAAAAAGUACGAUGUUGUUGGUUCAGACGAGCCUGUGUACGAGAGGCAUCCUGCGAGGGCGAGGGCACAAGGUUUUAAUGGGUUUUAUGAUGCUGAUAUAGAUGCGGAGGAAAUAUUUAGGAACUUCUUCUUUGGAGGAAUGAAUUCAGCGGCGGCUACUCAGUUCAGAUCCUUCAGCUUUGGACCUGGGGUGGGAGUGAGAGUGGGGAAUAACGGGUCUGCUGGAUUUGCUAGGACAUUGAUUCAGUUGCUGCCAGUGCUUCUGAUUAUACUAUUGAACUUUAUGCCAUCAUCUGAACCUGUAUAUUCACUGUCGAAGUCAUAUCCUUAUGACCAUAGGUUUACUACGCAAAAGGGUGUCAAUUUUUAUGUGAAGUCUGGGAGGUUCGAGGAGGAUUACCCUCCUAGUAGCUCGGAACGGUCAAAGCUUGAACUACAGGUGGAGAGAGAUUACGUUUCCAUUCUUUCGCAUAACUGUCGGCUUGAGUUGCAGCGACUCCAUUGGGGUUUAGUUCGAGAAACACCGCAUUGUGACUCACUGAAGCAGUUUCAGAUGGCUGGUUGAUAACAUAAUUCAAGAUUUUUGGGCAGUUCAACGAUCUCCACAUUUCCCAUCUCGUAGAAUUUCAAGGCAGUUAAGGAUUUGCUUCAAGGACAUAAAGGAUGUUAACACUUGCAAUUUUGGGAGUAUACGUGUAUACCAUCUUGACCAAGCAUGACUUGGGCAUGUGUGGUCUUAUAAACUUCUACCAGUUUAAUGCACCAGUAAUUUUUCAUAGCAUUCUGUGGGCUCAAGUCCGUUUGCAGUUGCCCAGCAAUUUGCACAACAUGGACCUUCCCACACAAACCCAAGUGAUAGCGUAUUGCCUAGAUUACUCUCUGGUUCGUAUAAAUGUUCUGUUUGAUAACUUCCAAGCUUUUUAUACUUUUGAACGCUAUAUGUAAGGUUACCUUAUUUGAGUAUUUUUGUAUUAGUUUCCCAAUGAUGCAUCAUUUACUUACAAUA